UCCUCAACUUGUGGGGAAGACGGAAGAGAAGAAGAGGCGUAAUGAUGCUAGCUGGCGUUGAACUGUGUGUCAAUUGCCUUCCGUUCGCUCUCCCUCUCCAUGUCUUCUUCUUCUCCUCUCUCUCUCUCUCUCGCACACAUUUAGUGCUGCUUCUGUAGAUGAAUAAUUCACAGCACAACUCCCAAAUAUACAUAUCCUCUUCCCUUCCACGCUGUUGAUCUCCUCACCGCUCGCUGCCUCUUAUCGGCGACCGAUUCAACCGCACCAUUUCUGGCGAAGGAUUUUUUUACAACCCCCGACAGCCGAAGAUGUGCACUAGCUAGAGCCGCGCGGAGGCCGACUAGGACUCACCGGACGAGGAGGAGAGAGAAAGGCGGCGUUUUGUGGGGGGAAAGGCACCGGCCGAUGAGAUGAGUGCAUCCAGGUUUAUAAAGUGCGUCACGGUGGGGGACGGCGCCGUCGGCAAGACCUGCAUGCUCAUAUCGUACACCAGCAACACUUUUCCCACGGAUUAUGUCCCGACGGUCUUUGACAAUUUCAGUGCAAAUGUAGUGGUCGAUGGCAACACAGUUAAUUUAGGUUUGUGGGAUACUGCAGGCCAGGAGGACUACAACAGACUAAGGCCUUUGAGCUACCGGGGUGCAGAUGUUUUUCUGCUGGCCUUCUCUCUCAUAAGUAAAGCCAGCUAUGAGAAUGUGGCUAAGAAGUGGAUUCCUGAAUUGAAGCACUAUGCGCCUGGUGUGCCCAUAGUUCUUGUUGGAACAAAGCUUGAUCUCCGGGAUGACACGCAAUUUUUUGUAGAUCACCCUAGUGCUGUACCAAUAAGCACCGCACAGGGCGAAGAGUUGAGGAAGGUAAUUGGUGCUCCUGCCUACAUCGAAUGCAGUUCAAAGACCCAACAAAAUGUCAAGGGAGUUUUUGACGCCGCCAUCAAAGUGGUACUUCAACCACCCAAGCAGAAGAAGAAGAAAAGGAAGUCGCAGAAGGGUUGCUUCAUCAUGUGAAUACUAUGCACAUGAACAAGAAAUAUGUAAUCGACCUACCGCAAGUCAUGGAAGCUUCAGGUUAUCGGUUUCAUUUCUCUCUUAUGAUCUGUCGCAGAUUUAUCAAUCAAUCAUGUAACCUCCUAUGCACAUCUGAUGUUUGGGUAAAUAUUCGAAGUCUGUUUGACUUGCAGACAUGUUGUACUUGGUGUUUUUUUUACCUCAAUUACUCGUGUUACUAUAGAUUUGUGUAGUGAUUAGGAUCUGCAAGAUGGCUUGCCGUGCA